AUGUUACGGGACAGGGGCGUCGGAACCCCAGAACCGGUCGAAGAGGGAAGUGGGAAAGCAGGCUUCCGUCGACCGUCAUCAAGCGACUGCUUGGAACUUUUGGUAGGCAACCAGGCCAAGGGAUCCAAUAUAGCGACUGGAAGGGAAAAGGAAUCAGGAGGAAAAGCUGACAACUCGAACGUAGCUACGGGCUUCGGAUCCCCAGAACCGGUCGAGGAGAGGAGUGAGAGAGCGGGCUCCCCUCGACCGUCAGCCAGCGACCGCAAUAACACAAAAAAGGGCAAGGAACAGCCCGAAAAAGAAGCGGACGAUAGUCCGUUCUUCCCAAGUAGGACCCUGAUGCGGUCCCCACAGAGGAAGCUUAAGGAUAACGAGGAAUCUACGGAGAUGGAUGUAACGGAAAUAAAGGAUGCUGGAAGAGAACAAACAGAAGGGAAGGAAAAAACGCCAACUGUAGCUCAGAGAACGGUACCAGAAAUGACAAGGAGGUUUAGAUCAGUAUCGCUAACAAAAAUUACACCGUCGAAAAAGAGAUCAAGAGAAGAUGAUACACAGGAAUUCUGGAUAUUACUGAACAGCGUUACGAAGACAACAGAAAGUCUUACGAAAAUGGUGCAAAACACUCCAAAUACGAAGGUAAACAUGAGGGAGGCUAUAAAACUACUCCAAACUCAAAUGAAAGCGCUAAAUACUAAAGCAGCGGACUGGGAGGCACUACCACCACCAAAAAAACUGGAAUCUACGGCAAAAACCACGAAGUCAAUUGGCAUUCAAGCCGACGUAAGCGAACAUAUCAACGAGAUGGAGGUGGAAAAGUUAGAAACAAGGACCCAAAUUAAAAAACUACUUGAGGAUGAGACAGAUGAAAAGUCGAAGCUACUGGAACUGAUAGAUAAAACAUGGGAGGAGGAAAUAUAUACGAAAACAAGUAUUAGAAACACGGGACUUAAUAGUAUACCAACAGGCACAGAUAUAGCGAUUGCAGCUUUUAUGGAUCCGAAAAACAAGAACGACGAGGCUGAAAUAACUAAAAUCAAUGAAAAGUUUCCCGGUUUUGGGAAGCUAAUAGACGAAGGACUAAACGAAGGAGAAAUAGAAUACGCAGUCACACAAACCGAGGUCACUAGUAAAAAAGGAACGGAAAUAAAGAAAAAUACCACCAUAGCGCUACCUGUCAGGAUGGAUAGCUCAGGGAUAACAGACGUAGAAGCAAUAUACAAUAUCGGUCUAGGCCUACGAGAGGAAAACAUAAUAAAGGAUAAACAGGAAAUAAUAGUAACAAACGCUGGGAAGAUGGAUUUAGGUUAUGCAAGGAAGAUUUUAGAAUACCUAUUUCGGAAAAGCGAGAAAAAAUUGAUUAUUCUAAACACCAAGAAAAAAAGUACACAAAAUAAACCAGAAGGACAACCGACCACCAGAACAAAAACGGAUGCGAUAGUAGUGAAACAUCAAGGUAAAACCUAUGCGGAACUGCUCAAGGAAGUCAAGGCAAAUAUAGACAUAAAAAAAACAGGGGUAAAAAUAGAUAAAGUAAGGAAGACAAACAACGGAGAUCUAUUACUCGAAGUAAAGGACAAGAGUACGGUAACAAAACUUAAGACGGAAAUAAACGAUCGAAUGAAAGGAGUACAAACAUAUCACAUGAAAGACGAAGUAGUUCUACACGUUUUGGAAAUAGACGCAGACAUGACCGAAACAGAUAUAAUAGAAAAGAUCCGGUAUGCGCAUCCAAACAUGGCCGAAAAAGACAUUAGAGUAGCGACACUAAAAACGAUGAAAAGCGGAAACCUUGCUGGUACUAUUAUAACGACAAGGGCGUGGGCAGAUUAUUUCGAUAGGCUAGGAAGCAUAAGUUUCGGAUGGUCUAGCUGCACGGUCAGGAGAAGGAUACACGUAACUAGGAAAAAUAAAGGAAAACAACUUACCGAACAGGGUGUCGGAAGCCCAGUUCCGGUCGGCGCAGGGGGUGAGCGAGCAGGCCCCCACCGACCGUCAUCCAGCGACUGCCCAGGAUCCUCGGUGGGCCACCAGGCCGAGGAAUCCCGUCUUGCUACUGGCGAAGAACAAGUAAUGGAGAAUUGGUUGCUGAGUAGGAGGAAGAUCGAGCGGUCCCCAACCAGUGGGAAGGGGAGAGCGUCGAGCUGUCCAGAAAGCACGGAAGAGACAGGACAUGGGGAAUCACAAGGAAAGAUUGAAGGACAUACAAUAGUGGCAAUUCAGAAAGGUACAGGGAAAAGGAAAAGGAUGGAAGAAACGAUGAAAGAUGAGAAAGGAGAAACGCUCAAGGAAAUGAGGGAAAUGAUAGAAAGACUGAUGAAAGAAAGUGAAAGCUUAGUGAAAUUGGUAACGACACACAGCAACUAUACUAAAGUGGAAAUAAGAGAUAAAGCCAAAGACAUAAAAAGACUAGUGGAUAAAGCAGGAAAGAAAGUUCAGGAAAUAAGGGUUGAGGAAGAAGAAAGCAAAGAACAAAAGAAAAAGACAACGACAAGAACAAUUGGUACACAAACAUAUCUGUCGGGGGACGAGAGCAAUGAGGAAAGGGAAACAUUAGAAAUAAGCGAAACUAUUGACCGAGCAGAGACAUUUGAGGACUUAGAAGAAAUCAUUGAGAAGAAAUGGCCGGAAGGAGUAUUUAGGGCUGUCAGGGAAACCGAAAUAAAUAAGGACGCCUACAAUGCAAACAACUUCCUAUUAUUAAUAGGGAAGGAUAAUGGUGAAAAUACCAAUAAAUUCCAAGGGCUGGAGGAAAUAUUCCCGGGGGUCGAUGAAAUAGUAAGGACGAACAAUGGUACUACGGAAAGUAUAUGCAGCAGACAAUCGAUAACGUCAAGAACGGUGCAAAAAUUAAUAGAAAAAAAUCUAGUUAUACAACCACUGAACGCGACUGGGGAAGGCUCUUUCAUAAAAGAGGACCUUGAGGCUCUCCAAGAGGCGAUUGUCAACCUGAAGGGGAAAAACAUUGUGGAUCUAAGGGUGGAAUUAACGGAGGCAAUUAACCGGGAAAAGGCCAGAAAAUAUCUGGAAUUUAUAAGUCGUAAAGCAGCAAUUAACGCUGGAAUACUCACUCCCACUUAUAGAUUGGCUGCCCGUAACAAGGUCUUACUCGACACAGUGGUUGUCAAAAAGACGGAAGGCACAUAUGCGGAAAUGCUGAGGACGGUGAAAACUAAACUGGACAAUAAGGAUGUGGACCUGGAUGUGAGGGGUAUACAAGAAACAAACAACGGAGAUCUUAUGUUCAAGGUAAAGGCUGGUGGAGGAAUAAGAUUGAAGGAGAUUAUAGAGAAAGGAACGCAAAUGGUAGCCAGGACGAGGGGGCCUAGAGGAAGACAAAAGAUAUUUCACAUACGUGGAAUAGACGAAGUUACUGCAAAGGAAGAGGUGGAGAUGGCAGUCAAGUCUGCUUUGGGACGGGAUGUCGAAUUCACGCUCUCAAGUCUUAGACCAGCGGCGAAAAAGACACAAGCUAUUACCCUUAUCGUAGACAGAUCUGCAGCUCACAGGGUGACAGACAGAAUUAAAAUUGGGGUUGUUAAUUGUCUAGUCGAGGAAAGAAUUAAUAUCGAAAAGUGCUUUAAGUGCUGGGGUAUAGGUCACAAGGCAGUAGAUUGCAAGGAAGAAGAAAAACCCAAUAGAUGCCUACGCUGCGGCGGUGAAGGACAUCUAACGAGGACGUGUAAAAACGACCCUUUUUGUGUCACGUGUAACGAUAGCGGACACUCUACAAAUUCGAUGAAUUGUCCAGUAGCGAGGAAAGCCCUAUUCGAUAAAAGGCAGCAAAUACGACGGAAUUCAGGCUUGAUGGAAACACCGGAACAAAAAAGAUCCUGA